CCCUGGCCCUCCGACAACACGUGGAUAGUCUAGUCUGAAACUUUCUGGUGAAAGCGUACACAUACACUUACUUGUCAAGAUGGCUGGUAUGCGAGGUAGAGAGGGAGGUCGCAGAGAUGAGCACCCCAAGGAGAAAGCUAUGAGAUCGAUAUUUGUUGCCAAUAUAGCGUUUGAGACCACAGAGGAACAGCUGAGAACAGUUCUCAGUGAAAUAGGACCUGUUAUGAAUCUCAAGCUCAUCUAUGACCCAGCCACUGGCAAGCCCCGAGGGUUCGGUUUCUGUGAGUACAAGGAUCCACAGACGGCCAGUAGUGCUGUGCGUAACCUGGCAGGUCGGGAGGUCAACGGGCGCCCCCUCAGGAUAGACUCUGCAACCAAUGCUCCAGGAGGGGAGGGGUCAAAAGGUCCAUCUCCCCCCGUUGGAGGGGGGCAGCCCGAGCAGCCUCCCACCCAUGGUCCAUCUGUUGCCCCAGAGAAUGCUCCUGAGGUAAUAACCAAGGCAGUGGCCUCACUCCCCCCAGAGCAGAUGUUUGAGCUCAUGAAACAGAUGAAGUGGUUCAUAGCUCAGAACCCACAGGAGGCAAGGCAACUGCUCUUACACAACCCACAGUUGGCCUAUGCUCUACUGCAAGCUCAGGUUGUGAUGAAAGUGGUAGAUUUGGAGACUGCUCAGAACCUCUUGCAUCGCACUCCACGGGGCCCACCAAUCACACAGCCCUCACAAGGUCCACCCCCUCCACAGCAACAACACCAUCCGCCUCCUCAACAGCAUCGUUCGCUUAUUCCACAACAACACCCACCUUCACAAGACCCACACCCACCACCACCCACCCGUCCCUAUCACGGCCCACCCCCUCCGAGAGAUGACAGGGGACCCUUUGGUGGACCACGCAUGCCCAUGCCGCCUCAAGACCACUUUCGCCCUCCUAUGAGAGGCCACCCGCCAGAGCAGCGUGGUGGAAACUAUGGUGGUCCCCCUCCCCCCAGGGCCCCACUGAGUCGCCCCCCUCCACCCAACCAAGAAGAUGGGCAGGAUCAACAAAAGGCUGCCCUGAUCAUGCAAGUGCUGAGUCUAUCGGACGAUCAGAUCCAGAUGCUCCCACCAGACCAGAGAUCCAGUAUCUUGAAACUGAGAGAGCAAAUAGCUAGAAAUGGACCUUAAGUUAAAUCUUGCAUAUCUUAGUAUAAUUAUAUCGUUGACAUAUUAAUUUUUGUUACGGUGUACAAAUUUAAUUUAAUGACGGUGUGAGCAAUUAUAAUUGACGGUCUGUGCUAUAUACAAA